GCCCCUGGUCUUAUGACUGGGUCUGAAGAGACGACUCUUGGCUUUUGCAGUGCGGUGGUCUGUGGUCACCUGUGCUUUCGCUUUCCCACGGGCAGCGAGGGUGCUCUUUAGAAUCGCCGGUCUGCAUCGUUACCUGCCGUGAGGGAUCAUGAUGCGCUUUCGCUUGUCUCCGGUUUCGGGCUCCGGGUUCUUCAUGCUCUUUCUGCUCCUGGGAGCUGUUCAGGCCUACCCAUUGAAACUUAAUUUGACAGAUUUAAAAAAUGCUACUUGCCUUUAUGCAAAAUGGGACAUGGAUUUCCAAAUAACUUAUGAAACUACAAACCACACCUAUAAAACUAUAACCAUUUCAGAUCCUUCCAGUGUGACAUACGAUGGAAGCAGUUGUGGGGAUGACCAUAAUGGUGCCAAAAUAAUGGUACAAUUUGGAUCUGCUAUCUCUUGGACUCUGAAUUUUACCAAGGAAGUGUCUCAUUAUUUUAUUGACACCAUCUCGCUUUCCUACAACACCAGUGAUAGCACAACAUUUCCUGGUGCUGCAGCUAAAGGAAUUGUUCCUGUUACUCAUUCUGUGAGAUUCGAACUUUCAUUUGAUGUCAUCUUUAGGUGCAAUAGUUUAUUCAAUUUCAGCCAAGAAUCUGUUGUUGAGAACUAUUGGGAUAUUCACCUGCAAGCUUUUGUCCAAAAUGGUACAGUAAGUAAAAAAGAAUAUGUGUGUGAGGAAGACACCACUGAAGCACCUGUCAUUCAUACCACCAUGUCAUCUCCUACUACAACAUUUACUCCAACUUCAAAACCCACUCCUACUCCAACAGUUGGAAACUACUCCGUUACUAAUGGCAAUACUACCUGUCUGCUGGCUACCAUGGGGCUGCAGCUGAAUAUCACUGAGAAGGUGCCUUUCAUUUUUAACAUUAACCCCACUACAACCAACUUCACUGGCAGCUGUCAUCCUGAAACUGCUCAACUUAGGCUGAACAACAGCCAAAUUAAGCAUCUUGACUUUAUCUUUGCUGUGAAAAAUGAAAACCGAUUCUAUCUAAAGGAAGUGAAUAUCAGCAUGUAUUUGACUAAUGGCUCAGUUUUCAGCGUUGCAAAUGACAACCUUAGCUUCUGGGAUGCCCCCCUGGGAAGUUCUUAUUUGUGCAACAAAGAACAGGUGGUUUCAGUGUCUAAAACAUUCCAGAUAAAUACCUUUAACCUAAAGGUGCAACCUUUUAAUGUGACAGAAGGAAAGUAUUCCACAGCUGAAGAAUGUGCCGCUGACUCUGACCUCAACUUUCUUAUUCCUGUUGCAGUGGGUGUGGCUUUGGGAUUCCUUAUAAUUGCUGUGUUUAUAUCUUACAUGAUUGGAAGAAGGAAAAGUCGUACUGGUUAUCAGUCUGUAUAAUAAAAUCAAUCUAGUGCUUCCGUUGGCUAAAAGACAAGAAUCACUGUGCAAUAAUAGGAUUCACAGACUGAGUUCAGUGAGUUGCAAGCUGGCUUGGGUAUGAGUAGAACUUUAAAAAUGUGUUAGGACCAGUCUUUUUUCCCUUCAUUUUCUUCUCCAUUUGUUAAGGUGUAAUUGAAAGAAAACUUAAAACUGCAACUGUCUUUUUAAGGUAAAUAAUUUUAAACAUCUGGAUCCAAUUUUGAAAAUAUUUUUACUGAAGUAUAAUUUUAUAUGUUGCAGUUAGUUGUAUUUUGCUACUUUAAUGUUAUUUACAAAAUCAAACAUUAUAGAGAGUUUCACUUGCUUUCCAAAAUAAAUUUUAAAACAUAAUGAGUUCAAUUUCUUUGAUGAUGAAUCAAAAAUUUGGCUCAUAAUAAGAAUGACUUUCUUCACUUUCUAAUGAGAAUUAUUUAAAUCUCUGUAAUUUUGUUACUUUAAAAAGGGGUCUGGAAUAUACCCAGUUGCACUACAUGCAUAUGUGAAGUUCUGGGUUCCACCCUCAAAACUGCAAAAAUGCACUCAACAGAAAAUUCUGCCAAUUUCUCCAUUACUGUUACAGUUACUAUAUUUUAACAAGGAUUUUUUUGGCUUAUGCAGUUUGGAAUGUAUUGAGUAUAUCAAACCUGACAUUUUUACUGCAAGAUGAAGCAAUGCUGUCAGCGGUUUUUGUUUGUUUGUUUUUGUAAGGUGUUGAUUUAGAAUGGGCUAUGUUUUCUUUUAAAGGCUAUAAUUUAGAGUUGCUUCCCAGCUUAACUUGUUCAGAAAGUCAAUUCAUCCUGUAUUAACAAAAGAGAAAGUCUUCCGUAUACUUUCUGUGCUUCAGUGAGUUCAAGUUGCUAUUUCAAAUGCAUUGACUUCUUCCUCUCACAGUAGCCAGUGCUAACUGUGAAAUCUAGUGGACCCUGACAGUGUGGCUGCCUAACCAAAGCUUGCCUGGGAUGAUCUUAUAAAUGUUUGCUAUUCAUUCAGACGUAUCCCUGUGGGAGCCACUAUGUUUGCUCGAUUCGUUAGCUGCUGAGUUACUUUGGAAGUUUAAAGCUGUACAUGUUUAGGUCCUAAAUGCCAGCUUUGUAUACCUGAUACCAGCACGAGGCAGAUGUUGAUUUCUCUCUAGCUAUUUUCUUUCUCUACUAAAAACAGAAGAGUCCAAAGAUCUGCUUUCACUUUAGAGACCUUGUUUAAGCCUAAAAUAUUGAUCUUAAGUGCAAGUCAGUGGCUCUCAACCUGUGCAUCAUGACCCUUUCAACAAACCUCUGUUGCCAGGUCAGGUGCACUGGCACACGCAUGAAUUCCCAGCACUUGGGGAGGCAGAUGCAGGCGGAUCUCUGAGUUCAAGGCUACCUUGGUCUGCAAAGUGAGUCCAGGCUAUACAGAGAAAUCCUGUCUCGAAAAACUAAAAAAACCAAACCUCUGCCUCCAAAAAUAUUUACAUUAUAGUCCAUGACAUUAGUAAAAUGACAGUUAUGACGUAGCAAGAAAGCAGUUUUUUGGUAGGGGUCACCACAACAUGAGGGUUGCAGCAUUAAGAAGGUUGAGAACCACUGGUCUAAGUGAUGUUAGUUUGGUAGUAGAUCUCAGGAUCAAGUCCCAAUCUACCUCAGCACACUGCGGCUGCUCACCACCGUGCUGCUGCUGUGAACUGAUGCCAGGAUAUUUUCUCAUUAACUACAGUUAUGAAAUCCUGUUUAAAAGAAAGCAGGUUUGCCAAGAUGCUUCCUUACUCUCUUCUCUAUGUCCAGUUCAAAAGCAGAAACUCCGAACUGGUUAGAAUGCCAGGUUACGAAGUCUCUCUCCUUUAACAAAGGCAAGUGCUCCACUUGCUCUACUGUAUACACCAUGGCUUUUGACAAGACGUCUUCCAAAGGCCUUUGCUUGUUUGUUAUUUAGCAAAAGUCAUUUAGCCAAAUUGCUGGUACUAUAAAGAACAGUGGCUUCCUUUCAAUAUGUAUUUUGGAUAUCAUCUAGAAGCCUAAUUAAUUAAAUGGACUUUUUGGCUUGCUAAGCAUAUGACUUGAAUAUUCAGAUAGGUUCCAAAAGGAUGGUUUUAUUCAAAACCUUUUUACUUUUUGAGCAGGAAAUGAAUGUAACUAAUUCUUCAUUAGGUGUCAUGUCUUUAUCUUAGAUAAUUAGCAGACAUGCAUUAAAAAGCAAAAUAAUAGGUUUAAAAAAAACUGUUUCAACUCCAGUCAAAUAUAGGAAGUUCAAAGUCUGUGAACCAAAUUGAGUGUUCAAUUAACUUUUCUCUGUGAGUUCAUGUUAUACCAAUAUAAUAGUGGAUCAGACUAAGACUUUGAACACAUGAAUAGUGAACCAUUUUCCACCAGAGCCUCGUUGGGGUAACUGAUGCCUGCUGUUCUUUCAAGUGUUGGAUAUGUUCAUUGAAGGAACUAAUGGACCCUGGGAAAAUAAAGUAUACUGUAGUAUUAUUGUUUGAUGUCAUAUAUGUGAUUUUAGUUUGCUACCUUAAAGCUAAUAAAGAUAAUACAUUCCAUGCCACCAUGGAUAACUUCAUUU